AUGUCUAAAGAUACACGUUCGACCACUAAAGGCAUCAAAAAUGGUGUUAAUAGCGUUACAUGCUGUUUUUGUGAUUAUGUUCAGCCUGCAGAAAGUGUACCUAAAGACAUUCUGCCUGCCAUGAACAUCUGUAGAAAUCUCAGAUACAUUUGCGAUGGUUGCCUCAGGUCUUUCGAUGGUUUGAAAACAUUGACCAAACCAAUUCUGGAUAAAAAUGAUGAAAUAGAAUUGGAAAUUAAAAAGAUUUCUGAACAUACAACCGCGUUAUGUAAAGAUUUUUGCGAACUAAAGCAAUUGCAGAUGAAUGAAUCUUGGAUUGGUAUAGUCAAACAGGGUAUCGAUGCGGUUAAAAAUGACGUCAAGGUUGUGCAGCGUACCCUCGAAGUGGUGAAUACUAUCAAAGAGAGAGAAAACCACGUCAUUAUUUUCAACUUAAUUGAAUCUAAUAGAAAGGACAAUGAUUCAGUUUCUGCUAUUUUGCGCUUUCUCACUGAUAACUCUAUCAAGGAUGAUGAUAUUUUAAGAGUCCCCAGACAAGGGAGGAAAAUUGAUGAUUCCAAAACUCCACGUCCAGUUAUUGUUAAAUUCGCCAGUUUUGUCAUCAAAAACAGAGUCAUGCGUAGUAUUUCGAAAAUUAAGUCUCUCGAGGGUGAAUUCAACAAAAUCAAAAUCAGUCAUGAUCUAACACGUGAUCAGCGCGUUGAGCUGCGAGAAUUGAUUGCCGAUGCUUAA